AUGACAUCAAGUGAUGAGUCUGAUACGAGCGAAUGCAAGCACAAGAUAAUAUCUAAGCGUCCGUUCACCCUACAUGAGGACCAAUUAUUAAUCCGAUAUAUCAUGCUAAAUGGACCUACUAACUGGUCGAUGUUAGCAUCUAUGUUAACAAAUAGAACUCCUAAACAAUGCCGUGAGCGAUGGCACAACCAUUUGAAUCCUAAUAUCAAUAAAGGCCCAUGGACUUAUGCAGAAGAUCUAAUUCUUGCGCAAAAGCAGCAUGAGCUUGGUAAUAAGUGGGCUGACAUCGCUAGAUUCUUGCCUGGAAGGACAGACACCUUAGUUAAAAAUAGAUGGAAUACUUCAGUAAAGGCAAGGUCUAAUGAACUUCUUUUUAAUGUUCCUGCUUGCCCACAGCAACCAGCACAAGACCAAUUCUCUAAUUGGCUUAGUUCACUUACUGCUCCAAAGAAAUUUGAUGAUUCUUUCUUAACAAUACCACCACUGUUGCAGAGACCCAAAUCUCAAGUAUUCUGA